GCAAGAAGCAAAGCAAAAACAGGCAAGCAAGCUAAGAAGAAGGAAGAUCCCCACUGCACCAUGUCACGGCGGUUGAAGGCGAUGGCGAGGAAGGUGGCACGGCCACCGGAAGGACUGCACACCAUCAAGGUGCGGGAGGUUGGAGACCAGCUGGGCCUGGUGAGCCCAGACGUGGCGGCGGCGCUCAUUGCACUUCUUGACAUCGCAGACCGCGCACUUGCCUGCGAGCACAUGGCCCAGGCGUACCUCAAAGUGGGCAGGUACAGGCCCCACAUGCACGCUGCGCUUGCUGCUGUCGUCGAAACAGCGGCAGUGGCAGAGGCGAUGAAAACUACGUCAGACGCAUCAAAACAAAAGAUUGUGUCUGCGCUGCUGCUGUGCCCGCCGGAUGACGAUGCUGCCGCUGAUCGUGCUGUGGCAGCGAUCGGUGGCGGAGGCCUCAUGGACACGGCGUUGCAGCUGCAAUUGGACGCCUUCCCCUCCAUAUCGCUUCCCAUCUUCACCCGCCUGGAAACAGCCACCAGCAGCGUGCUUGACCGCGCCCUGAUGGUGCUGUGCGAGACAAAGACGGCGCCACCAUCGCACCUCACUGCGCUGACGGCGCUCAUCACCACAGCUGCAGACCGCACGGCAUCGCCCCUAUCACUGGCGCGACUGCCAGCCGUGCUGGAGUGCACGCAGGUGAUGAUGCAGCUGCCAAACAGCACGCAUCGGCUGGCAUGUGCGGUGCGCGCGAUUUCGCAUGUGUUUGGGCCCGCGGUGGUGGAGGCACAACGCGCACGACAGCGCAAGCAGGAGGACAUGGGGCGACGACAAGAGGAACGCGCAAGCCACAACCUGGAUCCGGUGUGCGUGGAUGAGGAAGCGAGCACGGACAAAGCCCACAUGGAGGCCGUGAUUGCUGAUCUCCUGGCACUCAUGCACGACCUCCUCACGUCAAACAACAUUGACUUGCAACUUGCCGCCACGGAUUUUGUCAAGCUGUUCGACGCCUCCAGCACAUAUGCGCGGGUUGUGUCCCAGGUUGGCGGGGGCUUGUCGUGCGUGUGUGCGCUGCUGGUGAUGCAGCACCGCCAUCGUGAGGUGCAGGCCGCCAUCCGCGCCCUCGCCGACGAAGACAAGCGCAUGAAAAAGGCUGCAGUGAUUGCGCUGCUGCGGCUGGUGCAGCGCGGCGACGACGACAGCGACGGCCCAUAUGCCGCCCUUCGCCCGGCGCUCACAGACGCCGCAACAGAGGUUGUGUCGGAAAUGAUGCGUGCAGGCAAACGCCCGUACAUCUCGUCGCUGUUUGAUGGCUCUGACGCGCCUCUGCGUGCCCGCAUGUACCGUUUGCUCGCGGCCACACGCGUGUACGAACACUCUGCGCUCAGCGCUGCAAUCAUGGAUGCAACAACGCCGGCGCCUCCCUCGGAUGACGCGACACACACGUCAUCAUCAUCGCCAUCACCAUCGUCACCAUCAUCGUUGCUGCCUGGUGUCGCUGCCGCUGCUCUCGAGUACAUGUUGGCGGACGCACUGGACAAUUACUCCGACGAGCGGUCGAAUCUCGCAGCCGCAACCAUCAGCGACAUAUUCACAGACGACGGCGAUCCACAGCUGCAAUCCCACAUCCUCAAGGACGCCGCCGUCCGCGAAUCGCUCCUCCCGCUCAGCGCCGCCGCGCUCUCUGCCGACGACCAAGCUGUAGCUGUAGCUGUAGCUGUUGCUGCUGCUGCUGCAACGACUGCAGCCACCAGCGGGGAUGGUGGCGAUGGCGGCGCGGUGGAGGACGAGGAGCAGGCCAUGUCGGCCUGUCUCGUCUGGCUCUGGCACCUGUGCGAACUCUGCAAGAUGCGUGGCGGUGCGGAUACGCACAAUCUCAAACCCAAAAUUGUCGCAUUCAUCGCACACCAUGCGCGCCGCUAUUCUUCGCGGGUCCAGGAGCAGGCGCUGACGUUUCUAUCGCACGCCUUUCACAUCACUGCUGCUGAUACAUCACUGCUGUUGUCGCUGUUGGCUAGCAGCCGCGGAGAGGUUGGCCGCCCGCGCGCACGAGACGUCCUUGCACGCGAUGUUAUCGUCGCCGUUCUGCAGCGCCUCAACAUUGAAACGGAGGACCAGGCAUGCGCGCUUUUGAAGACUGCAGAGCAAGACGUACGCUUCGCUGUUACCGUCAUGCCAAGUCUAUUCAGAUACGCAAAGAACACAGCGCCGGCGUCGUUCUCGCCCGAGUGGAAAGUGCUCCUGGCAGCACUACGCAAGGCGAGCCCAAUGACUGCUGCUGCAUUGACGGAAGCGCAACACAUGCCCUCACGCGUUCGCGACAAAGUCGACAGCGCGUUUCUGUCGCGUUUGUCGUUUAAGGCACCGCCUCCGUCGCCCACAGCCUCCCGAGCAGCGUCAAAACGGAGGGUGCGAGGGAGAAAGCUGCCCAGCGCGCCGAAGCGGCAGCUGCCGGUGGUCUCGCCAUCGCUGAAGUCGUCCCAGGAGCUGGAGCAGCUCUCCAAGCAGUAUGAAGCUGUCGUCGAGGAGGCAAACGCCGAGCUUGAGCGUCUGCAGCAGGAGCUGGAUGCAACCGAGAAGGCAUUAAAAGAGGAGAGGCGAUUGCGGCUGCUGUACGAGACAACCAACUCCGAGCUGGCAAACGAGCUUGGAUCCACACAAGCCCAGCUCCUUUCGAAGGAGCGUGCCCUCGCCAUGACCACCCCACGUGCCCCCGUGAAGCCCGCCCGCCGCUCCAGAAAAGCAUCGGACAAGCCGUCAACUUCUCGAACACGAGCAGAGCCAACGCAUUCGCCAGACUCAGCUUCAGGCGACGUUGGUGGUGCGGCUCUGGUUGAUCGCAGCGAGGCGGCGACACCGGCCCUCACGGCAGCGCGCAAGUGGACUCAGCAGGAACAGCAGUGGGCGCACAGGGCAACUGCCGCAGUUGACAUGAUGGGGCAGCUGUUGAGCCAGCUGCCGGCUGGUGACACCGCCUCAUCCGCAGUGGAUGCCGAGGGCCGUGUCUCUUCGCCACACCUGCUGACUCUUUGGAUGGACAGCAUGCGCGCUUGUGUACGGGCUUCCUCAUCCAUCCACCAGAGCCUCGAGCGUCUGGUCACCAGUGACAACCAACUCCCCACAAUCGUGGACGUGGCUGCGACCCUGCUGCAUCACAGCGCAGCUGCAUGUGUGUUUGCGGAGGCUGAUUCCCUUGGCUCCCUCUGCCAGAACACACCGGAGCUUGCUGCCCUGCUCAGCGACCAAGUACGGCAGACAAAGGUGGGCCCCACCAAUACCGCCGCGAACAACGAGUCCAACACCUUGGAUGACGGCGAAAACGCAAGGACCGCCCUUGCCACUACAUGCCCCACCACCGAAGCACUCUGCUUUGCGAGAGACCACGUUGUCCAGUGGAUGGCUCAAUUAGUAUCUCUCAAAGAGGAGUGCACUUCAGACACCCAACGCAAUUUCGUGGCUUCGACCAUUGCUGCGUUUCAACAUUUCUUUCACACGGCCGCGCGUGCCACGAGCGAGACGACUGAGGCUGCCACCUCCGCACACGCUGAUCUAACCUUUCGUGUCACGACACAAAAGCUGCAACACGUCACACAGUUGCUGGACAUCUGCCAGAGAGACCAAGCAGCGGCGGCGUCGCACAUGCAGAUGCUGCGAGUGGCAGCACCCCUCAUGAAAUGGACCAUCAGAGUUGUGACCACAGCGGCCACUGAGGAUGGCAGAACGGUCAAGGCCCCAGCAACACUGCACCUGCUGACCAACUGCAUGGUGCUUGUGGCCCACGACGGGGAAGGUGCCCAGGGCGCGACUGGCAGUACUUCUUCGUUGAUGCUGGCCGCCAUUCUUCCGCUGAAGCACACCACGCUGGUUGAGCCGCGCCUUGGGCUCACCAUGUUCAGCUUGAAUGUCGAACGAAGCAACAGCAGUGAGGAAGGCGGCUCUGUUACCAGCGAAACACGGCCAGCCCAGACACACAUCUGCCUUGGGGAAACUGGUGCGCAAGUGGAAGCAAUUCGGGACGCAGUUCAUGCGCAAACGGCCGCAUACACAGGCCGUUUCAGCGACUCAUCUCCAGAUGAGUAUGGCGAACAAGAGCUCAUGCUUUAG